AUCAGAUCCCAAAUUUGACACAAGGAGAAGACGAAGUAUGUUCAAAUUCUUGAAAGGAGUAGUGGGUGGAUCUGGAGCAGGAGGCUUGAAAGAUCUCCCUUACAAUAUCACCGAUCCCUAUCCUUCUGCUUGGGGCUCCUGGACUCAUUCUCGCGGCACUUCCAAAGAUGAUGGAUCUCCAGUCUCUAUUUUUUCUCUUUCUGGAAGUAAUGCUCAGGAUGGACAUCUAGCAGCUGGUCGUAAUGGAAUCAAGCGGCUCCGCACUGUCAGGCAUCCAAAUAUUCUAUCAUUUCUACAUAGCACGGAGGUUGAAACUUUUGAUGGCUCUACCUCAAAGAUAACACUAUAUAUGGUGACUGAGCCUGUUAUGCCAUUAUCUGAAAAGAUCAAGGAGCUUGGUUUAGAGGGCACACAAAGGGAUGAGUAUUAUGCUUGGGGGCUGAACCAGAUAGCUAAAGCUGUGAGCUUUCUCAAUAAUGAUUGUAAACUUGUACAUGGUAAUGUUUGCUUGGCCAGUGUUGUUGUCACACCAACUCUAGAUUGGAAGCUGCAUGCUUUUGAUGUUCUAUCCGAAUUCGAUGGGAAUAGUGAAACUGCAACUGGGCCAAUGCUGCAAUAUGAAUGGCUUAUUGGAACACAAUACAAACCAAUGGAGUUGGUCAAGUCUGACUGGAUUGCAAUAAGAAAAUCUCCGCCUUGGGCUAUUGAUUCUUGGGGGUUGGGUUGUUUUAUAUAUGAACUCUUUUCUGGAACCAAGUUGGCGAAAACGGAAGAGCUUCGGAACACUGGUUCUAUUCCUAAGUCAUUGCUUCAGGAUUACCAGCGGCUGCUGAGUUCUGUGCCUUCUCGCAGGAUGAAUACUUCAAAGCUUAUAGAAAACAGUGAAUACUUUCAAAAUAAGCUGGUGGACACUAUACAUUUCAUGGAAAUUCUUACAUUGAAAGACAGUGUUGAAAAGGAUACCUUCUUCCGCAAACUCCCAAAUCUAGCGGAGCAGCUACCUCGCCAAAUUGUGCUGAAAAAGCUGCUUCCUUUAUUAGCUUCUUCCCUUGAAUUUGGUUCUGCUGCCGCCCCUGCUUUGACUGCACUGUUGAAAAUGGGUUCCUGGCUUUCAGCUGAAGAAUUUAGUGCUAAGGUACUGCCAACAAUAGUGAAACUUUUUGCUUCAAAUGAUCGUGCAAUUCGAGUUAGCCUCUUGCAGCAUAUAGAUCAGUAUGGAGAGUCAUUAUCAGCACAAGUUGUUGAUGAGCAAGUCUAUCCUCAUGUUGCUACUGGGUUUUCUGACACGUCUGCCUUUCUACGUGAAUUGACCCUCAAAUCGAUGCUUAUUUUGGCGCCCAAGCUUUCUCAACGUACCAUUUCAGGCACCUUAUUGAAGUAUCUCUCAAAGUUACAGGUUGAUGAAGAACCUGCGAUUAGAACUAACACCACCAUUUUACUAGGGAAUAUUUCUAGCUUUCUAAAUGAAGGGACAAGGAAGCGAGUGCUUAUUAAUGCGUUUACAGUUCGUGCACUGCGUGAUACUUUUUCUCCUGCCAGAGGAGCAGGAAUAAUGGCUUUGUGUGCCACUAGUUCAUAUUAUGAUGUUAAUGAGAUUGCAACUCGAAUUCUUCCCAAUGUUGUUGUGCUUACCAUCGACUCCGACAGUGAUGUUCGAUCAAAAGCAUUUCAGGCUCUUGAUCAGUUUUUGCAAAUAGUGAAACAGUAUCAUGAAAAGACAAAUGCAGGGGAUGCCACUGCGGCUGGAACUGUAGGAAUUUCAUCAAUACCAGGAAAUGCAAGUUUACUUGGGUGGGCCAUGAGCUCUUUGACUCUGAAGGGUAAACCGUCUGAACAAGCUGCACUUGCUCCAAUAAAUUCUGGCGCACCUAUAACUUCUACAGCCUCCAACGCCAGUUCAGUAUUGGAUACUCCAACUACAGCACCAAUCCGUGUAGAUUCCAGCACAGACUUAGCUGAUCAACCUGUACCUGGAUCUCCCACCUCAACAGAUGGAUGGGGAGAAAUUGAGAAUGGAAUUUAUGAAGAGCAUGAUAGCGACAAAGAUGGGUGGGAUGAUAUUCAACCCCUUGAAGAGCCAAAGCCCUCUCCAGGUCUUGCAAAUAUUCAAGCUGCUCAGAAACGGCCCGUCUCUCAACCAGUUCCACAGCUAAAACCACAAGCCACAGGCUCGCGGCCUAAAAAUGCAGGGAAGGUGACAAAGGACGAAGAUGAUGAUUUAUGGGGUUCAAUAGCUGCACCUGCUCCAAAAACAGCAUCAAAACCUUUGAAUGUUAGAGCAGCCGACAAUGAUGACCCCUGGGCUGCAAUUGCUGCUCCUCUACCUAUUACUAGAGCCAAACCGUUGUCAGCUGGUAGAGGUCGAGGGUCUAAACCUGCUGCUCUAAAACUAGGCGCUCAAAGGAUAAACCGGACAUCGUCUUCUGGGAUGUAAGUUAGCGACAGAACUCGAAGAAAACCAAAAGAAAGAUCCAGAUCUGUAAAUUUUUUUGUUCUUUCUGGUGACUCGUCCUUCACAUUGAUUAACAUAGUGGAAUUUCUGUCACCUCUAGUUGUAUCCGCUGCUUUCUCCGAUUUAUUUAAUUUGUAUCAUCAUUCUUUUCUACAAAAUUUCAUUUUGUCUGUUACGUUUGUAUGAGGGAGCUGUUGUCUGGUAGACUACUUUGUAUCAUACUUUAGUUUCUGCUGGGAAUUCAAUAUCAAAUUGAGCAGAAUUUGUGAGCUCAUAAACUGCUGGAAUGUAAUGUCACACUUGCUUCUAAAAGAAAUACAAAAUUUUGUUACUUUGUU